AUGAACCAUAUGAAAAGUAUGAGAGCUCUUCAAGAAACCCUUCUUCUUCUUCUUCUUAUUGUUACUCAAAUACCCAUUUCUCAAAAUCAAAACCAUUCCUUUUUUGUGAUCAAAGCUUCAUCUGAUUUUGAGUCAGAAGCAUCCAAAGAAGAAGGAGAAGAAGAACCAUAUGAAGAGUAUGAGGUAGAGAUUGACCACCCUUGCAUUGAUGCUACUGCAUCUGGUGGGUCAGCUGAUAAAGCGAGAGUGUUCAAUGUUGGUGAUAAAGUACUUGCCACCAGCUAUAUAAAAUCUAGCAGCAUCUUGCUUGAUGAAGAUUAUGAAGCAAAAAUUGCUGAUUUUGAUGUUACAAGGUUUGCUGGCACACAUGGUUAUAUUGCUCCAGGUGUAGUACUUUUUCCCCUUUCCAGUCAGUAUAGUACCAAUUCAGUUGAAACUUUUGGUCCAGGUUGUGGGAGCCCUCUUUACGCUUCACCAGGAAUGUGUUCUAUUAGACACUCAAGUCAUUUCGAUGGAGAUAAUUUCAUUGGCCAUGGUGGUACCGGAAAGGUUUAUCGGGUCGUAUUGAAGAAAAACGGGAUGGUAGUGGCUGUGAAGCAACUAGAGGAAGGUGAUGAUUAUGAGGCAAAAGUUGCUGAAUUUGGUGUUACAAGGUUGACUGAAAAUUCUCAGAUGGGUUAUAGCUUUUUAGCUGGUACCCAUGUGGGGGCACCAAGACCAACUUCAAGCAUGACAGGUUGGUUUGCUUUGAUGGGCCAGGGGGUGUUGGGUACUGUUUAUGUAUUGAAGCUAGCUCGGGGCUAUGUUCUUAGAGUUCUUAGGUUCAAACCUCACAAGCCAUGA